AUCACAUCAAACUAUCUGCAUAUUUCUUCUACUAAAUCUAGCAUUGUUUUAUAAGGCAUUUGUUUGCUACAAUUUCCAGAUAUGGCUAUGGUUACAUCAUUGGUGAGCGAAAGGCCUGUGGUUAUAUUUAGCAAAGAUUCUUGCUGCAUGAGCCACACCAUUAAGACACUGAUUAGUAAUUUUGGUGCAAAUCCUACAGUUUAUGAGUUAGAUGAGCAUCCAGAUGGGAAACAGUUAGAGAAGGAAUUACAAGGACUAGGAUGCAAGCCAAGUGUGCCAGCUGUAUUCAUAGGAGAGGAACUGAUUGGUGGUGCGAAUGAAAUAAUGAGCCUUCAUCUUCAGGGUCAACUGGUUCAGUUGCUCCUCGACGCUAAUGCUAUAUGGGUUUAGACAAUAUAUUUAAACAUAACUAUGAUUAGCAGGUUGAUGGUUAUGUGCUAACUUCUGUAUGUAAUUUCACUAGUUGUUAAGAAGAAAUGGUUAUGUGAAACUAUGUUUGGAGAAGCAAUGAGAAUACUAGAUUUACCAUAAUUUGCACCAGUUAACUCUGGAGGUAUUAUUUCUGGUUAUUUUUAAUCAACUUCUGUUCAUGUUCACUGAAAACUUGUGCAUAAUGAGUCAUUACCACAAAGCAACGAAACAUAUGGACAGAAGUGUAUAUAACCAGGAUACCAUUGAACACU